CGCUCUCAGUACUAUCUCUUUCGCGAACUCAUUGACCGCAAAGACUAUGACAACGACGACGGAGUACCCUCUCCCCACCUACGUUUACAAGAUCCUCCCGACUGCCCCUCCAUUACCUAUACCCGCAGUGCUCCCGUUGAGCGAGCUUGACCAGAAAGACGGGUUCAUCCAUCUCUCCAACGCGUCCCAGGUCCCGAUCACCGCGUCCCUCUUCUUCAAGUCGAAUACGGAGCUCUGGCUUCUGAAAAUCGACACGCGGAAGACGAUUGAAGCGGGAGGCGUAUAUCGCUGGGUGGAUAACCUGCCUGGCUGCCCGCACCUCUACGCGCCGAAGGAGGGCGAGUGGAUCGACCUGGGCAGCAGAAACGUCGUCAGCUCGGUAUCUGUAACGAGGCAGGAGGGCCAGGCGUGGGAGGAUGCGCUCGGUGGCUUGAAGGAGUCGGGCUGGCUCGUCGACGAGUGACGAUCGUCAUGACGUACUUCCAGGAAGAAAGUCGCGACUAGUGAGUGCUGGUUGCGCUAUGGUGUCAACAAAUAUGCGUCUGGGGGCGCUGAAAGUCGCGAAUUGAUAGUUGGCUUCAGAUGGAAGGCUCGCGCAUAGGCGUACUAGUAGAGUACCGGCAAGGUGGUUUGUUGGAGUCGUGGCUGCCGCUUGUCACUCGAUCAAUGAUCUCUCC